AUGGGAAAGGGUCCUGGUUCCUUCUCAGACAUUGGCAAGAAGGCCAAGGAGCUCCUUUUCAAGCAUUACGCUUACGAUCACAGCAUCAACAUCUCCACAAAGACUGAUUCGGGCUUGAAGUUUCAAACCGCAUCAGUGAAGAAGGGAGACGAGGUGUCGUGCGAUGUGAAGACCGAGGUCGAGAUUGGAAACGUUGAGGCCGAGUUUAAGCUUGAUACGAAGUCCAAGCUUUAUUUCAAGGCCGUUUACGAGGAUCUUGCUCCUGGUCUGAAGCUUGCCCUAACUGGAAUCGUUCCGGAUUCGAAGGCCACCAAGGCAGAGCUGACCUACAAGCAAGAGUUGCUACACGUGAAUGCCACCGUCGGUCUUGUUACACAACCCGUUUUCGAGGGUGCUCUUGCCGUCGGAACCAAGGGUGUGGUUGUUGGUGCUGAGCUUGGCUACGACACUGCCACUAACAGCGCGACCAAGUACAACCUUGGCGUGGCUUACUCCGAAUCCGACUUCUCUGCUUCCUUGUUGAUUGCUGACAAGCUGGACACGUUGAAGGCUGCCUAUUUCCAGAAGGUGAAGAAGGACGUUGAGGUUGCUGCUGAGGCAGCGCACAAACUCUCAAAAAGCGAUACCACUUUCACAGCCGGUGCCUCCUUCGAGCUUGAUCCUCUCACAGAGGCCAAGCUCAGGUUCAACAACCGUGGCACAGUUGCUGCUCUCCUCCAGCACGAGUUCCGGCCCAAGUCCAAGGUUACCAUUGCAGGAGAGGUUGACUCCAAGGCUCUUGACAAGGAAGGUGACGCAUGUGCGAAUGCAUGCACAGGACAGAAAGGUCAGGCCAAGGGAGGCAGCGCGCAGAGGGUUUCAGGCAACCCGUACGUGGAGAGGGUGGUUCAGGUGGCCGUGGGAGCUGCCCUGGGGAAGACAGGCGGAGGAGCGGGGGUUGCAGCAACGGACAAGUGGCGGCUGAGGGAGAAGUUGGCAAGAGCAGGAGUGCGCAUCAUCAUCGCAGGAGACAACGACUUUUAUUCGCACCGACACACUCUGCAACGGAUGGGCCUGCCACUCUCUGCGUCCUCCCUCGUCCGCAUCCCCUCUUUCGCCCCCAUCGUCAGCAACCCCCCAUCAGCAUCCCCUGCCACAUUAACACCCCCAGUUGCACCAGCAACCCCAGAUGCAUCAGCAGCAACCCCAGAUGCAUCAGCAGCAACCCCAGAUGCAUCAGCAGCAACCCCAGAUGCAUCAGCAGCAACAGACACAUCAGCAACCCCAGAUGCAUCAGCAGGACAAGCCACGAGGGGCCACAUGCCAGAGGUGGCGAAGACAGGGCUGGGGUCGUCUGCCGCCAUGACUGCUGCUGUCUCCGCCGCCCUGCUGCGCUUCCUAGGCGUGUUAGGGGGUACAGGGAGUGCCGCUGCUGACGAGGAUUGUCAGGAGCGGGCGAUGGGGAGUGGUUCGGAGGAGAGCUUUCGAGAGGAGGCGGUGGGGAGAGCGGGGACGGUGGGGAGGAAGGAGGUGGUGCAUCGGGUGGCACAGGUGGCGCACUGCCUGGCGCAGGGCAAGGCGGGCAGCGGGUUUGAUGUGGCAGCUGGCGUGUUUGGGUCCAUGUGCUACCAGCGCUUCAACCCAUCCGUCAUGCAUGCUCUCAUGGGAGCAGAGGCGGCACUGACAGUGAGCAGCAUAUCAGCCACACUGCGGUCUCCUCUGUGGGAUCACACCAUCGCUCCUCUGCACCUCCCACCAGGCCUUCUCCUGGUACUGGGCGAGCCAGGCACAGGGGGCACUGCCACACCCUCCAUGCUUUCUGCUGUCAUGAAGUGGCGGCGGCAAUCACCAGGGGAAGCAGAGCCCAUAUGGGACGGCCUGAAAGAGGCCAAUGCGGCAGUUGCUGCUGCUCUCUCACACCUGUCCCUGCUCGCUCGCACCCAUCCAGAUUCCUUCUCCACCACUCUGAACCGCCUGCAGCACGUGCCUCUCACUGCAGCAUCCCCAGUGGCGCCUGUUGCUGCCGCAACCGAGGUGAACCCCGUGUGUGCCUCCUAUGAGGCAGCGGGGGAUCUCCAGGCUGAGGUUGAGGUAACUCCGGAGUCUACUCCACAGUCGCUAGCAGGCACACCGGCGCGUGAUAGCAGCGACAUCAGCCAUACAAGUAGCACCGUCGAGCCACACGCACCACAGCAACCACAGGAACGACAAGAACUGCAAAAAAACCAAGUGGAGCAGGGAGGUGACAUCUCGAAUACCAUCCUACACGCCCUCCGCACCCUGCGGUCCUCCUUCCUCUCAGUGCGCCACCUGCUCUGUGCCAUGGGCUCUGCUGCUGCCACACCCAUCGAACCCCCCCAGCAAACUGCCCUUCUGGACGCCACCAUGCAGCAACAGGGGGUGGUGAUGGCGGGUGUGCCGGUCCCAGGGGGGUUUGACAGCGUGUUUGCGGUGGUGGUGGGGGAGGAGGCCGCGAGGAGGCUGGAUGGCGUGUGGGCGGGGAUGGGGGUGAUGCAGAUGGGUGUGCGGAGUGCCGCGGAGGGGAUGAGGUGGGAGGAGGUAGAGGGGGUGAUGAGGAGACUGAGAAGGGGAUGA